CGACACGUCAGGCUUGCGCCGUAUUCCAAAUAGCUCCUUUACUCCCUAUUAAAGUGCUUGACGUAUAGUGUAAAAUAAGGAAUUUUUUUUAACAGCCUAGGCAGUGCACUAAUUUUCAAUACAGUUGUAUUUGGGAUUGAGCCACCUAGACAUAAAUGUUCAGCUCUCCUUCUUCAUUCAUGCUGCCAAGAAAGUCAAGAAGCGUAUGAAAUAUAAUCAGGAUGGGUAGAGGCUACAUUGUUGAGGAGUGUGUGGAGAAGUACCUGACUAACCUGUCAGCAGCUGCUGGGUCAUGUGAGACUGGACUUUUUAUCGGCCAGUGUUCAGCACAGAGGGACUUUGUGGUUCUGGCUGUGCGGACGCCUCACAGAGAAACUGAGGGAGCCGCUGAGAGCCAGAGAACGCUGAGCUCACUGGACAACAUUGAUGUGGAGUGGGUUGCCGAGCAUGCCAGACAGGUUUCUCGGAUGCUACCUGGAGGCCUGAGCGUUCUCGGUUUGUUUCUCAUCGCACCACCUGAGGUGUCAAAAGAAGCCCAGAACACGCUGAAAAAGCUUGUCUUUUCUGUGGAUAAAUCCAUAUCCAAAAGCAAGCUGUGGGACCUGUCAGAGGAUGACGUAACUGAGCGCAUCACCCUGCACAUCUGUUCCAAAACAAGGAAAGCUGUCUGCAAAACAUUUGAUGUUAAAGAUCCAAAGUGUUCAGCGAAGCCUGCAGAUUGGAGGUAUCAGAGUGGCAUCUCAUCCUCAUGGCCUCUGAUCACCUGCAGUGUGCAGCUCGACUUGCAGAUCCCUGUCACAUCAGAAAAUGUCGACGAGUCCAUAAAGGACGGACUGAGGAUGUGGGCUAAACAGAUCGAGGCUGCUCUCUGUCUCAUAAACGGCAAAGCUGUGACAGAUGACUCCGAGCUCCUAUUAGGGCCAAAAAAGAGCACGAAGGCGAGCCAGCAGCAGACAGUUCAAGCGCAGCUCCUCAUCCUGACAGAGGACGCAGAUGCAGGCCAGAUGUCCAGCGCUGUAGUGCAGGAGUGCAGCGGCUCGGUAUGUGUGAGAGGAGCAGUUCACUGCAGAGCUUACAUUCACACCAACAAACCUAAAACCAGACACGCCGCACAGGCAAUCAAGAGGGACGUAGUGAACACAGUUUUCAGCCGCGUGGAGAUGCUUCUGGAGGAUCUGCUCAUGAGUGAAGCAGCAGAUCUAGCUUGUGGGCAGCAGGAUCUACCACGGCGUGUGUUUGCCCCCCUAUCAGGCUCUGGCCUGAGUGUGUGUGACUACAUUUUCCCAGAUGAGAGCACUGCGGACGUGGCUGAGCGGUUUAAAGAAAUGCUCGGGUGUGACUUAUCAGAGGGGGAUGUGGACACCAGCAUGGAGGCUCAGACAUGUUUCUCUGUUUUGGGAGUGGAAGAUGGAUGUGACGAAGAAGCUACUCAAGUACCUACACAAUCCAGCGCUGAAACCGUGCCAAAAAAGAAUGCAGCAAUACAAUAUGCAGCAGGCAUGGCGGUGGCAGCUGCGGUCGCCCUCUUGGCCACAGCAACCUCUCUACUCUAUCUUACUGAGUAACAGCGAGACCACAGUUGUUUAUUAAAACUUUAUCAAAAUAAAUUAAUAAACUAUAGAAAAUUACUUUUCUAUCUCUUCAAAUGACAUAUUUUCUGAAUUACAAUUGUAAAUUAUAACUUGUUAUAAUUGUCCACAAGAUAAAAAAAAAAAAAAGAUCAAACUAAACAAAUAUUAAAACCCGCAUCAACAUAUUACAUUUAUUUAACGAAGGAUGGGACAAAUGUUCCAUUAAUCAUUAAGAUUUUAAUGAUUUUUUUUUUCCACCCUAUUAAAAUUUUCUCACUGACCCAUAAUAGAAUUGAGGCAGUGACUCACUGAUGGCUGUAAUACAGGAACCUGUCCAACUGGAGCGGUUUCCAAGCAAUGAGCAGUGUCCUCAUUCUCCUGUUAUGGGUUCCAUCACUAAACACUUCAUUCAUUAAUAAAUUAUGAAUUGUUGUUUUGUCUCAGUGUCGCACACACACAACAUCAAAGACAUGUUGUGCAGUCCUGCAGACAUUCAUGCAUAAUUAUACAUUGAAUUAUUCAUAAGUUUUUGUGAAUUGAAAUCAGUGGUCUUAGGACAUGUAUGUACUGUAAUGUGACUUGCACACUGGCUGGCGAUUUAGUCCCAUUGCAACCAAAGAUGGCUGAUGACAAAUUUUUGGCAGUGUAAUAAAUUUUUGAUUAAAA